GAACAUUGCACUGUGCGGGCAGUCCUGUAACCUUCAGGUAGCUCUCAACUGGCAAAAUAACUGCAGAAUGUGGUGGUUAUGCUGUGCUGUGGUUCAGUCUGCAACUCAUAACUUGGAAGCAAAUUAAAUCAAUAAUAGUAGUGCAGGUGUAACUUCCCAGAACUUGCUGAAUGCAUAUGUUUGAGAAACAGCUUUCAACUUUUCAAUGUAAUUAAUAGCUAAAAAUCGGGUAAAGAUGGAGAUCUCUGUGUGGCAAAAGCAGGUCUACUGAUAACACUUCAAUCACAGUGAUUUUGAUGGAAGACUUGGAGGUAAUUCACAGACAUUGCUCCCUGUUAACCUUGUGGCCUGCCUGCCACAAGCUGACACCACUGGCUUGAGGAAUUGCUGUUUCAGAGAUUACUUUAAUACUUGCAUUUAUAUUAAUCACAGAAAUACUGGCGUUUUGGGGUUUUUUGAGUUGGUUGUUGGUUGUUUUUUUUUUUUUGUAGUUAUCUGUGUUUUAGGUUAUUUAACUAGUUUAUAGGUUAAAAACAUGUACGUUAGACAGAAAUAAAUUUUCUUUUUUCAUAAGGGAAGUACACACUGAGACAAUUCAGUAGCUAUGAUAAAAGGCAAGAAGAAAGAUGGCAAGAAGAAAGAUGCUAAGAAAGAUGGUAAGAAGUCAGCUGCUGAGAAGUCAGAAGAAUCUCUAGGUACCCCAACUGACAGCAGCUUAGCAACUCUGGGAGAUUUGCCAAGUGACUCAUUGGGCGAAGAAACUCCAGCAAUUCCAGAGGCACCAGAUGAAGAGCCAGUGGCAGAGGAACCACCAGUGCCCCCUGUUCCCCUGUUCCACGAAGAGCCUCUCCUUGCUCAAGUGAUUGUUGAAAGCUAUGAAGGUGAACAAGUUAAUGAAUUCUAUGAGGGCGAAGGAUUUAUAUGUUUUGAGGGAGGAAAUACAUACAAGGGUCUGUUUUCUGAAGGGCGUAUGAAUGGAGAAGGGACUUACACAUGGGCUGAUGGAGUGAAGUAUGAGGGAACGUUUGUUAAGAACGUGCCAACGCAUUGUGGCCGUUACACCUGGAAUGAUGGCACUGUUUAUGAAGGAUCAAUCCAAGAUGGACUUAGGCAUGGAUAUGGAGUUUUCAGGAGUGGUACUCGUCCCAUUUUUUACGCUGGUUUUUGGUGCAAUGGCAAAAGACACGGAAAGGGUAAAAUUUAUUAUGAUCAGGAACAGACCUCCUGGUAUGCAGGUGAUUGGGUGAACAAUGUCAGAGAAGGAUGGGGAUUCAGACGCUACAAAUCUGGAAAUACAUAUUUUGGUCAGUGGAAGCAAAAUCUACGACAUGGACAUGGAAAAAUGAUAUGGCUGGCAGAUAACCAAGAGUAUGAAGGAGAGUGGGAGUGUGGCCUGCAGCAUGGUUCUGGCAUGCACACAUGGUUUUUUAAGAGAAUGGACUUGUCUAAGUAUUCCCUAUGGAAUGAGUAUGCGGGGAGUUUUGUGAAAGGGGAGCGCCAUGGCCACGGGACAUUUCUUUAUUCUGAUGGAACAAUGUACAGUGGAGAAUGGGCACAUAACAAGAAGCAUGGCAAGGGCAUCUUUGUCUUCAAGAGUGGUGUUUGUUUGAAAGGAGAGUUUGAGAAUGAUCGUCCUGUGGAAAGGCCUCCUCGUCAGGGCUCUGCUGUGAAGGCCAAGAACAGGAAAGCCACCAGCCCAAGAAAGAAUUUUGGCACUAAAAGGACCGCAGUCGUUACUGCCUUGGGAAAGAUUUCUGUUCUGGGAUCAGAUCUUGAUUUGGAUGUAUCAUCACUGCUUGCCUUCUUCCCAAGGGAAGACAGAGAGAAUGAAUCACAAAAAAUAGAACUGGCUGUGUUGAGGCAUAUUUCAAAAUUGAGAAGAGCCUACUACUUCUACAGUACCUUGGGCUGUGCUUCUUGUGACAACACUUGCAACAUGACUAUGCUGCAGUUUUGGAGGUUUCUGAAGGACUGCAAUUUCCAUCUGUGCUCCGUGACUCUCGCGGAAAUAGAUCGAGUGCUGAGAGGUGAUCAAUCACCUAAGGACAUCCAUGAUCCAAGUGAUAUAGUGCUGUUCAGAACAUUUGUAUGCUACCUUGUUCACCUGGCAUUUCAUAUCUAUCAUGAAAAGUGCAAAGAUGAAGUUCCUCAUCUGCAGAAAUGUUUCUUAGAAUUGAUGUCCAGGAAUGUUCUGCCCUCUGCCUGUUGUGUCCAAGGUAUCUUAUAUUCUGGUGGAGAAUUCUCAUCUUUUGCCAUGAACUACAUUGAGAAAUGCUGGGAAAUAUAUGGAGAUUUUUGUAGACCAUGUCCCAUACCUCCAUUUGACUCCACAGUGAAGCUGAGGCAAUUCCUCUGGAUGUUGGAUGAUUUUAAACUUCUCAGUGAACAGUUAACUGCUCCAAUAGUUCUGGAAAUACUUGUCAAAGUUGGUGCCUCUGUACCUGACAUCUAUGGUGUCAACCUGGAGCUGGAGAUGGUUUUUCUGGAAUUUUUUGAAUCUCUUCUUGAAUGUGCAUUGGUGUAUGUUACUGAGGAUAUGGUCCUGAAGAAAGAAGCUGAAGACAAUAAGAAAAGAAGUAGCUUUGAAAUCAAGGAGGUCCCCAACGAAGCCUCAGCUGUGUCUCUCACAGAACAGGCUCCACCCCAGCCACCGAGACCUGGUGAAGACACAGAGCCUGCUCCUCAACCUUCUCUGCUGGAAACUCUUCUUGCAUUUCCCGUAACUCCUGGAGAAAGCAAAGAUGAUGGGGCAAUGCCAAACAAGGAUGUAAAAGAAGAAGAAGAUUCCUAUCCAGAAAAGGAAUUGAUAGAUGAACCAAAAGAAGAUAAAGAUGAACAAAAGGAGCUGUGUAGUUUCUGGAUGUGUCAGGUGGAAAUCUUUUUCACAACUAAGUUAUUCCCUGCUUUUGAGCGUGAAAUAGUGCUGAGAGAUAAAAUAAAAGAAAAAAAACCCCAAGAUGCUGAAUUAGCUGAGCUGAGAAAGAUCCAGGCUGAGGAGCUGAAAAGACUUAUUGCUGAAAAAGAAGAAGAAGAAGAAGCAAGAAAGCAAGAAGCAAUUGCAUUACAGGAGAGUGUCAGGCUCAGUGAAGAAGCCUCAUCAUCUUGGGAGACACUGCUCUACUGGAGAAAUCUCCAGCUGAAAAAAGAGGUCUCCAAGAGAGAACCCUCACCCACAAAAAGCCCACGAGGCAGUGAGGCCAAGGCAGCACCCACAGCUACCAAGGCAACAGCUGACAGAAGGAAAAGGAAAUAAAUCCUCUGCUGGGAACUGCUGAAGCUUCAAGCAAGUUCUCUUCCAAUAAGGGAAAAAAAAACCAAAACCAAACCAAAACAGCCCCAGAAGAGCCAGAGUUGUAGGAAGCUGUAAGGAUGCCUCAACUGUGUGCACAAGACUUGCUGCUUUCAGAGGGAGCAGCCUUUUACACCAGUUUUGGGUAAACUAGCAGCAAGUUACACAAUGCAAAUGAACACAGAUGCUUCUAAAGUGUAACAAUUAUUAGUUUUAUUUUUCAGCAAAAUAUUCACAUAACAUAUCAGAAUGGAAUGGUACAGAUGAGUUCAGACUGGUUUUUAAUUAGUUUGGACAUAAACAUUUUUAAAAUUUAAAAAUUUUAUGGUCAGAGUUUACAGAUUUUAGUAGAAAUUUUGAUUCUUACAAAGCAAGUAUUGCUUUACUAUUGUCAUUAUUCCAGUCAAUAAUAUGACUAAUAACUUCUCAUGUUGAACAAGUGCCUGACAUUGACAUCUUCAAUAAAUCAGCCCUUUGCAGAUCAA